AAAAAAAGAAAAAUGAUUUUAAAUUUAUUUUAAAAAAAGUUAUACAAAUUUGUUAAAUAAAAAAAGGAAAAUUUUUACAAAAAGUGUUAAAGUAAUAAAAAAUAUUGAAUAUUGAAAAAAUAAAAAAAAACUAAUUUAAACACCAUGGUUGGCACCAUGGAAGUAAAGGAUUUGAAAGGCGCUAAAAUAACACAUGCCGGUCUUUUAAAACAUAACGCCGAUGGCACAGUGGAAACACAAAAAAUCACACAUGCCGGCCUAGUGGCACGCAGUCCCGAGGGCACCGCCGCCAAGGGCAUGAAUAUACGCGGUAAUGAGGAUUUAUGGGUAGAAAUUCAAGCCAACACUUUUCGCAAUUGGGUAAAUGAACAUUUGCGACCCACAGGCAUGAGGGUCCAUGACUGGGCAACAGAUUUUUGUGAUGGCACAUGCCUGUGCGCACUGGUGGAGAGUCUACAGACACGCCCCCUUAAACCCUCCUGGAAUCGUAGACCGGCAAAUCAACAUCAUUAUUUGGAAAAUGCCACUACAGCUUUGAAUGCCAUAGAAAAAGAUCACAUUAAAUUGGUGAAUAUUGGCAAUGUGGACAUUGUCAAUGGUAAUGUUAAACUGAUCUUGGGCCUUAUAUGGUCCCUGAUUGUACGCUAUCAGAUAGGUCGCAGUAAGUUCCCGCCACGUAAAUUAAUGUUGGCCUGGCUUCAAGCCGCCUUGCCCGAUUGUAAGAUAACAAAUUUAACCACCGACUGGAAUAGUGGUGUAAAUUUGGCAGCUCUUUUGGAUUAUUGUAAACCGGGCCUAUAUCCUCACUGGCGCUCUAUGGAUCCUAGUCAAAGUGUACGUAAUUGUACGCAUGCCAUGAAUUUGGCUCAAAGUGAAUUUGGUGUACCGAAAGUAUUGGAACCGGAAUAUUUGGCUUCACCCUGGUUGGAUGAGUUGUCAGGUAUGACGUAUUUAUCUUACUUUAUGAAACCUGGUGGACCUGGUUAUAAUGCCACCAUGCGAUGGGUUAAUACACAAGUUAGAGAGCCUGUGAAAAAUUUUACGACCGAUUGGAAUGAUGGUCGUGUUAUGUGUGAAAUUAUCAAAGGCUUGGGAGGUCCCGCUCCAGCCCCAGAAAAACUCAGCACCGAUCGUUUUCAUUAUGAGAAUAAUGUACGCAAAGCCAUAGAUGCUGGUGCUAAAUUGGGCAUUCAGCCGGUUUUAACCGCCAAGGAUAUGGCCAAUCCCGAAGUGGAGCACUUGGGCAUAAUGGCUUAUGCUGCUCAUUUACAGUGGGUAACACCCAGACCACCGCUAUCGGAUUUGGUAAAUGUGUUUUUGGAAAGUACUUCGGGAAGAGUUGGAGAACAGACCCAUUUCCGCAUAGAUAUAAUGUCACGUGACAUUAGCUUAAGCAGCGUUAGAGCCCUGGUUGUAUCGCCUUCUGGUAAUGCACAACAGAUUAAAUUAAAUGCUCAUGGUGAAGGCGUUUAUGUACCUGAUAAGUAUGGCAUGCAUGAGAUUGUUGUGGAAAUUGGCGAUGAUAGUUUGGGUGGCCAUUUCUUCCGUGUGUUGCCUCGCUUUAUACAAGUAGCACCACCCGGUAUGGCUCCCUGUGCUCUAGGCAGUUUAGUUGAAGUCUUGGUUAAUGCUACUGGUGCUCCGAAAACCGAAGACAUUCUUGUUACCGCUGUCUCGCCCACGGGUAUAUCACACAAUUGUCCCUUGAAGAAAGUCGAAGAGGGUCACAGUGCCAUAUUUAAACCGGACGAGGCAGGUAUUUGGGAAAUUGCCAUUACCUAUCAGGGACGUCAUAUACAAGGUGGACCCUUUACUUGUGCUGUAUUCGAUGCCUCUGGUGUCUCUGUACACGGUCUAGAUGGAGCUAUGCCCUUGAGAGCUCAUUCCUUUGAGGUGGAUGCUCGUGGUGUGGGUGUGAAUGGGGAACUGCAUGUAGACAUUGUCCAUGAUAAACGUUCAUUGGUUUGUUCGGUGGAGAAAAUUGUUGAUAAUAAAUAUCGUGUCACAUUUAUGCCACGUCAAAAUGGCAAAUAUCGGGUUUAUGUGUAUUUUAAUGGUUAUGACGUCAAGGGUUCACCAUUUAUAAUGCGUGUUGGCACCAAAGGACGUUCUGGCAAAACACGUAGCAGUCCAUUACACGACAACAAACAUCGUUCAGAAAGUCCCUCAAUGCACUAUACAUCAACAACGUCCACCAGACAUAAUGACUAUCGUAAUGCGGCCACAUCUUCUCUGUCCCGCAGAGAUUUACUUAAUCACAAUCACAAUACAGCAACAGCAGCAUCUGGAACAACAAUUUCAACAACAAAUAUUGGCACCAAUGAACGUCAACGUUCGUAUUCACCACAAUAUUCACCCAAGCAGGAUACCACGGAUUAUCGCACAAGUUCCAGUUACUACAAGAGAGAAAGUGAGGAAAAAUUGGCAACAUCACCACCGCCACCGCCGGCACCACAACCACCAUUACGUGAACGUGAAUACAAUGACUCACCGACAACGAAAUACUUAAAUUCCGUUGACUUGUAUAACGUCACUACACCGAGACGCGAUUCGAAAACAUCAAAUGCUUCAUCGUCCAAGAAUGACUAUUACUAUGACAAAGAGAAUGAAUUGUAUAGUCAAAGGAAAAACGAACGUGAUUUAAAAUUGGCGCCACCACGUGAAGAUCGUGAAGAUUUGCACGAUGAACAAAUGCAUAGACAUUCGUAUAGCAGUAGUAACAGCCAUCAGCAACAGCAGCAGCAAAUACGCACAAAUACAGCAACACGAGGCUCUUUCUCGUACAGUACGAGAUUGAGUCCCAUUAUGUCCAGUCCCACACAUGAUAUAAGAUCUAGUGAAAUACGUACUCAUAGUCCCUUGACUAUAAAAACUUCGAUACCUUAUGAAACCACAACACGUAAUUUGAACGCCAGCCCCAGACAUAUGUCGGCCUCACCGGUACAAAGGUAUUCGCCCAACAGCGCCUAUAUAACAACAGCCACACAUCGCAUGAGUCCCAGCACUACAUUGAAUAAGAAUGGGUUUGAAUCGCGCACAGUGGAAAAAUCUUCAACUUACAAAUCUACUUCGAAUUUUGUAACCGAUUCGAAUAUACGUGCCAGUCCUUCUCUAUAUGGUACAGCUGAACGUUUAAGACGUACCGCUUCACCCGAACCACGUAUAGAUCAUUCGUCAAAUGUACGAGUCUCUUCUAUGAAGCCUGCCUCCGCUAGACGUGAUAGUUGGGAUGUUAUUAAUAAAACAAAACACAUGUUGUCACAUAAUUCUCUGGAAUCCUUGGCCAAUAUGACCGAAUCACAAUUGAAUACCGAUUUAAGUUAUGCUCGGCCCGAUAUAGAUAAUGAAACACAUCGUAAUACACAAUACAAUAAGUUCGCCUUGAAUGAACAAAAAUAUCACAGUGAUAGAAGGGGAUCUAGGGAUUCGGUAGAUGAAAGCGAACGCUAUAAACCCAGUGCCAUCACUGUCAAGUCACAAUCGAACAACUCGUAUACCGAUAAAUCCGGCGGAUUUACACGUACUGUCAAAGAAUCAAGCCAACAGAUAGUUACUGAAAGUUCUUCUGCCACGCCAAAUAAUGGUGGAUAUAGUUCGCUCUCUAGAUUUCGCCCCAUCGAAAGUACUUUGACUGGUGUUACCGGUGCCCGUGCUAUACGCGUUCAGGAUAUACCGAAUGGUGCCAUUGGUUAUCCGGUUGAGUUUGAAAUUGAUGGCUCUAAGGCUGGUUCUGGUAAUUUGGAGAUAUUAGUAAAUGGUGGUCGUGUCACUUCAUCGGUGCGUUCAUUGGGUGGUCAACGUUUUGUGGCCAGUUUUACGCCCCAUGAACCCGGAAUACAUACAGUGCAAAUUACAUUUAAUGGUGAAACGGUACCAGGUUCACCCUGGCACGUUGAAAUCAUGUCGACACCCGGUAUAACUGCAUUGGGCGAAUCGACCCGUCUUGUACCCGCUAAUACACCGGCGGUUUUUGAUAUACUGCCGCCUCCUGGUCAAAGCCUUGCGAAAGGCGAGUGCGUGGCAACAGUUUUGGGUCCUAACAAGACCAAACUGAAUGCCAGAGUCACCCACGAGGCGGCAAACGGUGCCGCACGCAUCGAGUUCGUACCCACCGAAGUGGGUACGCACAUCAUUGAGGCCUCCAUCAAUGGUACGAAAAUAUCCGGUGGUCCUUUGAUAGCCAAAGUCUACGAUUCAAGUUUAAUACAAGUAACAGAUGUCAAUGGCGGUGUAGUGGGUCAACCAUGCCAAUUUCGUGUAGAUGCCAGUGCUGCUGGCGAGGGUCAACUGGAGAUUUCCAUAAAUGAGGGUGAAGUACCCAAUCAUGUGCAAGUGGUUGGUGGUGGUCGUUGUUUGGUUUCGUUUACACCCGAACAGGCUAAGCCACAUUUGAUUGACAUUAAGUUUAAUGGCGAAACCGUAAGAGGUUGUCCCUUCGUUUGUCAGGUGGCAGACACUUCUCGCGUAAUGUUGAAUUUAUCAAAUUUGGAAUUGAUACCGGUUAAUAGGCCAGCUUCGUUUCAUAUCACUGUAAGUGGUGGUGGUGCUGCUGAAUUGGCCGUUAGUGUACGUGGACCACAUGGCGAGUUACCGGUACGUGUCACCGGUGACAUACACGCUGGUUUUACUGCCGAAUUUACACCCACAGCUGUGGGUGGUCAUUCCAUUAAUGUUGAAUAUAAUGGUUUCCCUGUACAGGGUACACCAUUCUUGGCAAAAUCAUAUGAUGCUACUAAAGUAGUGGUGGGUAGUGUAUCGCGUGGUACAGUCGGUCGUCCAGUGCAAUUUACCGUCGAUGCCGGAGAUGCUGGAGAAGGCAAUCUGGAAAUUACCAUUUCAGCCAAGGGUCAAAAUAUACCCACACAAGUUCAUCCUCAAGGCAGUGCAAGAUUUUCCGUUUCCUUCGUACCCACUGAGGCUUGUGAACACACUAUCAAUGUAUCAUUCAACAAAAUGCCCGUACCCGGUUGUCCCAUAACGGUCAACAUUAGCGGCGGCAUGUCCGGCCCUCAGGUAUCUUUGGGUGGCCCCGGACCUGUACAUCAAUCGAAUUCUUUUGUCAUCAAUCACAACGGCGGUCGUUUAGAGGAUAUUGAAGUGAAUGUUGAAGGACCCGCUGGGCAAUCUGUGCCAGCACAGGUUCAUCAGUCUGCAGAGGGUGUCUUCAAGGCGGAAUUCGUGCCCCGUGUAGUGGGUGAACAUCGUGUACAUGUCACUGUUUGUGGCCUUGCAACAGCCGGUAGUCCCUAUGCCGCCAAGGUCUAUGACGUUGGCGCCAUAAAAGUGAAAAAUGUCAGCAAUGGCACAGUUGGCAAACCAGUAACCUUUCUGGUUGAGACAUCACAAGCUGGUCCAGGCAAUCUAGAAGUAACAGUUAAUGGUGGUCGUGUACCAACAUCGGCACAGGCUCAAGGACAACAUACCUAUGCCAUAAGUUUUACACCACGUGAAGCUCAAAAUCACACUGUUGAGUUGAGAUUUAAUGGUCAAGAUGUGCCGGGAUCACCAUUCACAUGUCGCGUAUCAGCAGCAGCACGCAUACAGUCACCCGAAACUAUGGACAAAGUUAGUGUUGGACGUAUGUUUGAAUUUGUGGUGGAAUCUGAUACUAAGCCCACUGUGGAGGUUUUAGGUCCUGCACGCCGCAGUGUACCCGUUAAAGUAGAUGAAAUCCAUAUGGGUUUUAAUGUCAAAUUUGAACCUGUAGAAGUGGGUGAUCAUUCGGUAGAAGUACGCUUGCCGGGUGGUGGUCAUGUAGAGGGUAGUCCUUUCCUAUUGAAAGCCUAUUCGGCAGAAAAAGUUGUGGUCACUGAUAUACGUCCCGGUGUAGUGGGUAAAAGUGUAAGUUUUGGCAUUAAUGCCAGUCAAGCGGGUGCUGGUAACUUGGAAAUCAUCGUGGCCGUUAAUGGUAAAAAUGUACCGAAUUUUGUGCAAUCCGAGGGUAAUGCACGUUUUAAGGUUAACUUUAAACCUACAGAAGCGGCACCCCACUCAUUGUCCGUACGUUUUAAUGGACAUCCAGUACCGGGUUCUCCAUUCACUUGUCAAAUAGGCUCGGCUCCCGUUAGUCUACCCAGAGCUAUUGCGUCAGGAGAGGCUUUAAAACAGGCCGCCAUACGUGUGGAUAAUACUUUUGAUUUAGAUGGUUUUGAGGGCAUAGAACCACAGGUGUUUGUAACCUCUCCGUCGGGCGACAAUGUUCCAGUUGAUGUUCAGGGACAUGGUGAUUCUUAUACUGCCUCUUUCCGUCCAUCGGUAGUAGGACGCCAUUUGAUUAGUGUUACCGCCUCUGAUCAGCAUAUAAAUGGUUCCCCUUUCUCUUGCAAUGUUUUUGAUGUAUCCCGUGUUACUAUCAGUGGCUUGGAGCAACAAUAUGGUCCUGCUGCUUUGGGUAUUCCAGUAACAUUUAGUGUUGAUGCUGCCGGUGCUGGUGAGGGUACUUUAGAGUUGGUAGUAUCCACCGAUACCAGUACAGUUAAAGCUGAAGUUGUGGCCUGUGCCCGCGGUCUGUAUGAUGUUACAUUUGUACCCCAGUCCACUGAAUCGCACUAUGUUAAUAUCACCUUUAAUGAAGUGCCAGUAGAUGGCAGUCCCUUCCGUGUGGAAAUACAACAUACUGCUCAAACCAUACAAAUUGGCAGUUUGGCUAUGAUUGAUUUUCCAUCAGAUGAUCAAAUUGCUGAAAUUAUGGGACCAGAUCAUAAGCCUGUACCCUAUACCAUUAAUCGCCAGACUGCUGAAUUCCGUACCCAUAUGACGGGCAAUUAUUUGAUACGUUUCAUUGAUCGUGAGACUAGACAACAUAUUGGCACUAGGACUCUUACGGUAUUCGAUCCUUCUCUGGUUAAGAUCACCGAGGUUGGUGAAGCUUUAUGUCAUCGUCCGGCCAGCAUUUCGGUCUCACUAAACGAGGCAGGUCAAGGUGAUUUAUCGGCUAGGGUUAAAUGCGGUGCUACCGAAGUUCCUCACACUAUACGAGGUCCUUCUAAAAAUGGUAUCUAUGAGAUUGUCUAUCAUCCUACAAGAGUGGCUCCCCACAAAAUCACCAUACUCUUUAAUGAUGUACCCAUAUCGUUGAAACCUUUGGAAAUCAAUGUUUUACCAGCUGGUGCUGGCAAAGAGAUCAGUGUCAGUGGUUUGGGUUUGUAUCAGGCUCGAGUUGGCAAGACUACUAAUUUCGCUAUUGACACUAUAAAACGUCCAGCUAGAGAAUUUGAUGUUGUCGUUUCGGGUCCUGGCGGUCAAGCUUUGCCCGUGAGAUGUUAUCAGACUAAGAGUGGCCAUUUGCAGGCUGAAUUUAAUAUCAAUAAACCGGGUCAAUGUAUAAUAGAGGUUCUUCAUCAGUCCAAACCCCUGCCAGGCAGCCCCUUCACCUGUGAAGCUUUUGAUAUUGCCAAGGUAUCGGUACAGGGAGUACCCAAGAGUCCAAUGGCUUUGCAUAGUCCCAUCUCCUUUUCAGUACGCACUGAAAAUGCCGGUUUAGCUGAAUUGGAAGCUUUUGCAGUUUCGCCUACAAAUCAAAAUGUACCCGUACAUAUUAACGAACAGUCGGAGGGUAUAUACAGUGUGGAAUUUAUACCCACACAACCAGGAAACUAUAAGCUGACCUUAAUGUAUGGUGGUGAAACAUUACCCAAUUCACCCUACACUUUUACCGCUUCAACAACUGGUGCUAAGAAUGAUACCCGAGCCUCUGGAAAUGGUUUAGAGGUAUGUCACCGUAAUAAGGAAGCCUCUUUUAUUGUCUAUUGCCCCGUUCAGCCGAAUGUACAGAUAGAACGCACCGAUGAAUUUGGCGAACGUAUUGAACCGAAAAUUAAGGCUUUGGGUAAUAACGAAUGGCGCAUUUCUUAUACCAUAUUGUCGGUGGGACGUUAUGAGAUACGUGCUAGUUGCCCGAAUAGAGGUAAUUUACCCGGUUCUCCUUGGCAUAUAUCCUGUGUCGAAUCUUCCAAGGUAACACCUGUAGGAGGUUGGGGCACUCUGUUGGAUCAUGAGGGUCGUUUAAUUUUACCCGCCCGCAUUGUAUUCGAUGUGGAAAAUGCUGGUCCCGGUGAAUUAAAUUGUACUAUUGAUGGCAUAGAGAUACCAGUCGACAAACUGCCCGAUGGUAAAUUACGUUUGUUUAUUAGUGGUGAAAAUUUGGCUCCUGGGGAACAUGAUCUGGAUUUAACCUGGAGUAAUUUAUCUAUAGUACAAUGUCCCAGAAGUGCUUUUGUUACUGGUCAACAGGCUGCUGAUAAGGUGGUCCUAACAGGACGUGGUUUAGCAGCAGCACAGGCAGGAGAAGCAGCACACUUUACCAUAGAUGCUACAGAUGCACCCGCUGGCAGACCUGAGGUUAUUUUAGUGCAUCAAGAUAACACCUCAGUGCCGGUAAGUUUGGCUCAACCUAGACCGAAUGAAGCCAUUUGGUUGGCUUCGUAUACCCCACAAAAAUCUUCUUCCGGUUCUUUGACUUUGUCCGUGAAGUGGAAUGGCCGUUUAGUAAAGGGUUGUCCUCUUACCAUUGCUGUGGGUUCAUCAAUGGAUGCUACCAAGGUUAUUUGUUCGGGCGAAGGUUUACGUCAUGGCAUAGUGGGUAAAGAUAUUAAGUCUUGGAUUGAUACUAGACGUGCUGGUCCCGGUGAAUUAACGGCCCAUUGUGCUGGUCCUCGUAAGGUGGCUUAUUGUGAAUUGUAUGAUCAUGGUGAUGCUACAUUCACAUUGAACAUAAAACCCCAAGAACCAGGAAGACAUUUACUUACCAUUAAGUAUGGUGGACAAAAUGUACCGGGCUCUCCGUUUGCUUUAAAGGUUGCUGGAGCUCCAGAUGCAAGCAAGGUUCGUGUUUAUGGUCCUGGCAUAGAACAUGGUGUUUUGGCCACAUUCCAAUCUCGCUUUAUUUGCGAUACCCGUGGUGCUGGCGCUGGCCAAUUAACAGUACGUGUACGAGGCCCUAAGGGUGCCUUCCGUGUGGAAAUGCAACGUGAAUCCCAAAAGGAUAGAACCAUACUAUGCAAGUUCGAUCCCACGGAACCUGGUGACUAUAGAGUGGAGGUUAAAUGGGCUGGUGAAUUUGUACCCGGAUCACCAUUCCCCGUUAUGAUUUUCGAUACCGAAGAGGAGUUGCGAAGGUUUUUACAGGGCAUAUGAGGUCAAAGUAGCAUUAGCACCAUAAUAUUGCCAAGCCCUGCCCUUAGUCCCACGCUUAUGCAACAGCAUCAGCAUCAUCUUCAUCACCACCAUCACCAUCAUCAACAACAACAUCAACAGCAGCAGCAUUUAGCCCACCAGCCAACAGCAACCACAACAAUUAUGCCACUAUUUUCACAUCAUCAACAAGGAACACUUUUGCGACUGUCACCGCUCUAUAUAAACAGUAGCGGCGGUUUGGGUAGCGGUCUGGGUUGUUCGAAUCGCAGUCGUACGCCCAGUCAUCAGUACAUAAGUAAUCCCGAAUUGACCUUUGACAUUGGUUCACGUACAUGCUUGAGUCGUAGUCGUUGUAGACAAGAAUCAACAUGUCGUAUACUUUGACAUUUAUUCUUCUUACAGAUCAAUUACUAUCAUUUGUUAAUGUUUAAUUUAUUACAGUUUUCUUUUUCUACAUUGUACUUAAUUAAUACUAAUAAUUAUUUUGCCUAUUAACAACGAAUUCUGA